UUUUCCCUCUGCAUUUGCAUCAACAUGAAGCAUUCUUGCUUGAAUUCCAAGAUGGCUUUGUGUAAUCUUUUCCAUGGAAUUCUCCUUUUAUGCAUGAGCUUCAGCUCGGAAACUGCUACAGCAGCUACUUUUUCAAAUGUGUCCGAUCGACUUGCUUUACUAGACUUCAGGAGACUGAUAACUCAAGAUCCACACAAAAUCAUGAGUUCAUGGAAUGACUCAAUCCAUUUCUGCAAUUGGGUUGGUGUUUCAUGCAGUUCAUCUAAUGGAAGAGUUGUAACUUUGAACCUGGAGUCUCAGAGUUUGGUUGGCUCUAUACCGCCUUCUGUAGGAAAUCUUACAUAUCUUACAGGCAUCAACCUGCGAAACAACAGCUUCCAUGGUGAAUUUCCUGAAGAGCUGGGUCGUCUAUCGCGCUUGCAGCAUAUCAACGUCACCUUCAAUUCCUUGGGUGGGAAGAUUCCCGCUAAUCUCACUUACUGCACAGAACUUACUGUAUUUAGUGUUGCUGUCAACAAGCUUACUGGGGUGAUUCCACACCAGCUUAGUUCAUUGACAAAGUUGGUCAUCCUGGAUUUUGGAGGCAAUCACUUUACAGGAAGCAUCCCAUCUUGGAUAGGGAACUUUUCUUCUCUCUUUGCUCUGUCACUUCCACUGAAUAAUCUACGAGGAAGCAUACCAAAUGAACUUGGCCAGCUAACUGGAUUGGGUUAUUUUCAAGUUUAUGGCAAUUAUUUGUCUGGUACGAUUCCAACUUCAAUUUUUAAUGUUUCUUCUAUAUACUACUUCUCUGUUGCUCAAAACCAGCUGCAUGGACAGUUACCCCCCAAUGUAGGUGUGACUCUUCCUGCCUUGGAAAUAUUUGCUGGGGGUGUUAACUAUUUUACAGGACCCAUACCUGUAUCACUGUCAAAUGCUUCUAGACUUCAGAUUCUUGAUUUUUCUAUAAAUGGUCUCACUGGAACUAUUCCCAAAAAUCUAGGAAUCUUGAACAGUUUGGUUAGACUCAAUUUUGGUCUUAACAACCUAGGAAACAGGGAAGUGGAUGGUUUGAAUUUUCUUAGUUCUUUGGCCAACUGCACCAGCCUAGAGGUGUUAGGUCUUUCAGAAAACAAUUUCGGAGGAGAAUUGCAUAACUCCAUAGGGAACCUUUCAACCCGGUUAAAAAGUUUACAUCUAGGACACAAUCUGAUCCAUGGAAACAUCCCUGCUGAGAUUGAGAACCUAGUUAACUUGAACCUCCUGGGAUUGGAAGGUAACUACCUGACUGGCAGUGUUCCAGAUCUUAUCGGGAAGCAGAAGAAAUUAGAGGCUUUGCAUUUGAAUGUCAACAGAUUCUCGGGAUCAAUCCCAUCAGCCCUUGGUAACUUGACCAGAUUGACCAGGCUUUUCUUGGAGGAAAACAGAUUCGAAGGAAAUAUACCUUCAAGUCUCGGAAACUGCACAAGUCUGCAAAAUCUGAAUCUUUCGAGCAACAAUCUGAACGGAACCAUACCCGAAGAGGUUCUUGGUCUUUCAUCUCUCUCAAUUUCUUUGGUUAUGUCUAAUAAUUCCUUGACUGGUUCCCUAUCAUUAAAAGUAGGUAACCUACACAAUCUCAUGGAGUUGGACAUAUCAGGAAACAAAUUGUCAGGUACAAUUCCUAGUACACUCGGCAGUUGUAUCAGUUUAGAACGCCUUCAUUUAGAGGGGAACAAGUUUGAAGGGCCGAUUCCAGAAUCUUUGGAGACUUUGAGAGGUUUGGAAGAACUAGAUCUGUCAGAAAAUAAUUUAACUGGGAGGGUCCCUGAAUUUCUCGGCAGGUUUUCAGUUCUCAGGCAUCUCAAUCUUUCUCACAAUAAUUUAGAGGGGGAUGUGUCAAGAGAUGGUAUAUUUGCAAAUGCAAGUGCCUUCUCAGUAGUUGGAAAUGAUAAGGUCUGUGGAGGUAUCCCAGAAUUGCAUUUACCCCCAUGCUCCAGGAAAAAACCCAGAGAACCUCUUUCCUUCAAGGUAGUAAUACCAGUAACAAUUGCAUCAAUAUUCAUUUUUGUUCUAUUGUGUUCUCUGUCAAUUUUUUAUAUCAGAAGAAAGUUACCAAGGAAUUCCAACACACCUCCCCCUGAGGAGCAGAAAGUAGGUAUUUCAUACUCGGAACUCAUAAAAUCAACCAAUGGAUUCGCUGCUGAAAACUUGAUUGGUUCUGGAAGUUUUGGAUCUGUAUACAAAGGAAUUCUUUCUGGUGAGGGAAGAAUUGUUGCGAUUAAGAUUAUGAACCUUCUUCAGAAAGGUGCUUCAAAAAGUUUCAUUGAUGAAUGUAAUGCUUUAAGAAGCAUAAGGCAUCGUAAUCUCCUGAAGAUCAUCACUGCUUGCUCGACCGUUGAUCAUCAAGGUAAUGAUUUCAAAGGUCUUGUUUUUGAGUUCAUGUCUAAUGGCAAUCUAGACCAGUGGCUACAUCCAACAACUGAACAGCAAUAUCGAACCAAGAAAUUGAGCUUUACUCAAAGACUGAAUAUUGCCAUCGAUGUUGCUUCUGCAUUGGAUUAUCUCCAUCACCAUUGUGAAACCACAAUCGUUCAUUGUGAUUUAAAGCCAAGCAACGUGCUCCUUGAUGACGAUAUGACAGCCCACGUUGGUGACUUUGGAUUAGCUAAAUUCCUUUCUGAAGCAUCCAAGAAUCCCUCUAUAAAUCAAUCAAUUUCUGCAGCUUUAAAGGGUUCAAUUGGCUACAUCCCUCCAGAGUAUGGGAUGAGAAGCGAAGUUUCUGUACUUGGAGAUAUUUAUAGCUAUGGAAUACUACUGCUAGAGAUGUUCACAGGAAAAAGACCUACCGAUGACAUGUUCGAAGGUGAUCUAAAUAUUCACAAGUUUGCUGAUAUGGCUUUCCCUGGCAAUGUCAUGGCUAUCAUUGACCCAUCGAUGCUAGCUGAAGAAGAGAUUUAUGAGAAUGAGGUAAAUGAACAUGGCAUAGAAGAAAGAGCAAUAAUACUCGAUAAUGAUUUUCAAGUCAACAGGACAAGCAACAUUGAGGAAUGCCUGGUGUCUCUUAUGGAAAUCGGACUCUCAUGCUCUAACAAAUCACCUGGGAAACGAAUGGCGAUGAACAUAGUUGUGAAUAAAUUGCAAGUAAUCAGAGAUUCAUUCUUUAGAUCUAUUAACAGGUUAGGUAAGAAUGUUGCUGUAUAUUUUGAAUGAACAUAGUGUGAACUCGUAGCUUAGGCUGGACUGUCAGCUUAGUUAUUACGAGGUAAAAAACUCUUAUGUUGUCAUUAUAUUUCUACCACUAUGUGAUAUUGCUAUGUGCCUGACUAUGAUUGGCGCUAUCCAAGGUUCAUCCCACUUUA